AUGUUCAAAGAGUCUCAAGGAAGAAAGAACCAUUGGAAGACAGCAUGGGGGCUAUGGAUGCUUUUUAUGCUUUUUACAGUAUGUAUUGGAAAAGAUCCUUCAAGAUGCAGUGCAGCCGCUGGAAGCCGUUUUGACUGUGCACCAGAAAAGAUUUUGAACAAAGAUGAAUGCGAAGCUCGUGGAUGCUGUUAUGUUGCAGAGGCUGAUAGCUGGGGGCUCGGGCAGCCUUCGUGUUUUUACCCAUCCGACUAUCCCAGCUACAAGAUGGUCAACCUAACAGAGACAGAGAGUGGUUACUCCGCAACCCUCAUACGCUACAAGAAGACAUUUAUGCCAGAUGAUUUAAUGACGUUGCAACUGGAUAUUUUAUUUGAGACGGAAUACAGGCUGCAUUUUACUAUAAAAGAUCCAGCUAAGAAACGCUAUGAAGUUCCUAUAGAAACACCAUGUGUCCAUGAGAAAUCAGUACAUACACAGUAUGAUAUCAAAUUUGCUGCUGAACCCUUUGGUUUAAUAAUCAGUAGAAAGAGCAAUGGCCAAACCUUGUUAAACACCAGUGUGGCGCCAUUUCUGUUUGCAGACCAAUUCAUCCAAAUGUCCACAACUCUUCCUUCAAAAUUUGUGUAUGGUCUUGGUGAGCAUCUCACAUCCAUUAACUUAGACUUCAACUGGAAACGAUUAACAUUCUGGAACAGAGACCUAAUUCCACGGAAAGAUGCAAACCUAUAUGGUACUCAUCCAUUCUACCUCGCAAUGGAAAAUAAUGGUUCAGCUCAUGGGGUGUUUCUACUCAACAGCAAUGCCAUGGAUAUCAUACUGCAGCCGGCUCCAGCUCUGACCUGGAGAACCACAGGAGGGAUUUUGAAUUUUUAUGUCUUCAUGGGCCCUAAUCCCAAGGCUGUUAUCAAGCAGUAUCAGGAUGUCAUUGGGUUGCCCUUUAUGCCACCCUACUGGGGCCUUGGAUUCCAUCUGUGCCGCUGGGGUUACACAAGCUCCAACAUGACUCGAGAAGCAGUGAAAAACAUGAGAAAUGCUAAAAUUCCUAUGGAUGUGCAGUGGAAUGACAUUGACUACAUGUAUGAGUACCUAGAUUUUACCUACGACCCAAAACGUUUUGGUGAUAUGCCACAGAUGGUCAAUGAAUUUCAUGAAAUGGGCAUGAAAUACAUCUUGAUAAUGGAACCAGCCAUUGGCCUCACCAGCUCCAAUGGAAGUUAUCUACCCUAUGAGGAUGGGCUGAAGAGAGGUGUUUUUAUCACCAAUGAGACAGGCCAACCUCUUGUUGGCAAGGUUUGGCCUGGACUGACUGUGUUUGUUGAUUUCACAAACCCUGAAGCCCAUAACUGGUGGCACGACAUGAUAAAGGCUUUCCAUGAAAAGGUUCAUUUUGAUGGGCUGUGGAUUGACAUGAAUGAACCAGCUAAUAAUGUUCAUGGCUCAGUGGAUAACUGUCCAGACAACAAACUAGAAAACCCUCCAUAUGUCCCUGCCGUUGUAGGGGGCAAGCUACGUGAUACUACCAUCUGUGCUUCCAGCCACCAGCACCUCUCAUCACAUUACAACCUUCACAACAUGUAUGGAUUCACUGAAGCCAUCGCAUCCCAUAAUGCUUUGGUGAAAAUUCUAGGAAAACGUCCUUUUGUGAUCUCUCGCUCCACAUUCCCCAGUCAUGGUCGCUAUGCAGGCCACUGGACAGGGGAUGUAGAAAGCACCUGGGAUCAGCUGUGGCAUACAGUCCCUGCUAUACUACUGUUUAAUAUGUAUGGGGUUCCCCUGGUCGGGGCAGAUCUGUGUGGCUUUGUGGGUAAUGUAACAGAGGAGCUUUGUGUACGCUGGAGUCAGGUUGGCGCCUUCUACCCAUUUAUGAGAAACCACAACACGAUGGAUGCAAAGUCACAGGAACCAUUUGUGUUCAGCAAGGAAGCCCAGAAAGCCAUAAGAAAGACUGUGCAAUGGCGCUAUAUGCUCCUUCCCUAUCUGUACAGUCUGUUCCAUAAGGCUCACCAUCUGGGAGACACUGUGGCACGAGCUCUCUUUAUUGAGUUCCCCUCUGACCCAAACACUUGGGAGAUUAGCAGCCAGUUCCUCUGGGGAGAUGCUCUGCUGAUUACUCCAGUCCUGGCAGAGGGAAAAACUGAAGUUAAGGGAUAUUUUCCUGCUGGGGUGUGGUAUGAUUUUGCAUUGGAUGGAGCAAUUCAGAGUAUGGGACAAUGGAUGACUCUUCCAGCACCAAUGGACACUAUUAAUCUUCACAUUAGAGGCGGCUAUAUAAUACCAGCACAGGAACCAGGGAUGACCACAGAGGAGACACGCAAAAAUGGUUUAAUACUGUUGGUUGCACUUUCAUCAGAUGGUUUUGCUCAAGGAGACCUAUACUGGGAUGAUGGAGACAGUUUAGACACAUAUGAGAAAGGAGAUUACAGUUUGAUUCAGUUUGUGGCUAAAAACAAUGUUAUUCUCAAUGAGGUCAAACAGGACAAAAGUGAAGUGGGAAAACUGAAGCUGAAUGUGGUACAAGUGUUUGGGGUACCCAAUAAUCCAAAGGAAGUGCAAAUUAAUGGUGUGGCCACUAAAGCUUUCACAUACAAUGGAACCACGAAGUUCCUGCAAAUUACGAAGCUCUCACUGCCAAUCACAGAGAAGUUUAACAUUGAGUGGUCUUGAAAUAAGAAUUAAUCUUCUGGAAAACCUGACCCUAUGUGGAAAAGAUUAAAGUACUAUACGGUCAUAAUUUUGAUUUUUAAAACAUUUUGGUCCAGUUUUAUACAGCAUGUCAGAUUGUUCAUAGUAUAACUGUCAUGCCAAUCGUAUGUUAAAUAAAAAGCAUCUAUUAUAUAUAA